GCUGGCUCGUUGCACAUGGCACAACAACAAACAUGAUGGCCGUCGAACCAUCGGAUGCUGAAAUCAAGUCUGCUUUGGCAGACAUUUUACGCGAUGGUGAACUCUCCCAGCUAACGUCGAGAAUUGUUCGCCGUCAACUGGAAGAUAAGUUUGGCGUGAGCUUUCUUGCCCGGAAGAAAGAAAUUGAUGCAAUGUUGAUGGAUAUGAUUGAAAAGUCAAGAGAAGUAGAAGGUGACAAAGAACAGGAAAAUGGAACCUCUGAAAUAAAUGGAGUAACACAGGAAGAGGAUGACAAGGAAGAUGAGGAAUCAUUAGAGGAUGAUGAACCAUCACCAAAGAAAAAGAAAAGGGUUAACAAUAAGGAAACUCAUGUUUUAGAUGAUGAAGAACUGGCACGCAAGCUUCAUGAAGAUGAGAAGAAUUUGCGAUCAAGAAGACACACUGCAAAGAGACCAGUGGAAAGGAGAAAGACAGCAAAAGCCAAGAAACCCAAAGAAAGUGGUGGAUUGACAGGGUUUAAAAGGAUAAUGGUGUUGUCACCACAACUUGCAGAAGUUGUAGGUGAAGAAAAGAUGACCAGAAGUGAUGUUGUUAAGAAAAUGUGGGAAAUUAUUAAGGAAAGAAAACUAGAGGAUCCUAAAAAUAAAAGAUUUACGCUAUGUGAUGAACAACUGCAACAAGUGUUUGGUCCUGUUUACAUGAAGCUGGGUGGCCCAAGGCAGGCGAGGAAAUGUGUAGUAGCUAGAGGGGAGAAAUCAAAAUCAGAUCUUGGGAGUUUAAAGGUUAAUUGAACCACCUACAGCAGCAAGGUCGCAAGAGGAUACAAACAUUUGGAAUGAUGAAAUAUUUAACAAAACACAUCAUAGAUCCUGAUAAAAUUUCUCAAAGUGCAAUGUAAGGAUUGAAGCAAGCAACUGAGACAUUGUGACCUCUCUGGAGACAAACUCUGCCCAAGAUCAAUAAUUUAUAACAAAUUCUAGUAGGAGCUUUUAAAAGCAAAUGGUAUUGUUUGUAUUUGUGUACAGUAUCUUGAUUUUUUUUUUCUCAAGGUUGCUUUGUUGCAUUAAACUACAGUUCAUAUCA